AUCAGCGAGUUCCUCCUCCUGGCGUUGGCAGACACGCGGCAGCUGCAGCUCCUGCACUUCUGGCUCUUGCUGGGCAUCUACCUGGCUGCCCUCCUGGGCAACGGCCUCAUCAGCACAGCCGUAGCCUGCGACCACCGCCUGCACACCCCCAUGUACUUCUUCCUCCUCAACCUCGCCCUCCUCGACCUGGGCUGCAUCUCCACCACUCUCCCCAAAGCCAUGGCCAAUGCCCUCUGGCACACCAGGCACAUCUCCUAUGCAGGAUGUGCUGCACAGGUCUUUUUUUUAUUAUUCUUCUUUGAUGCAGAGUAUUGCAUUCUCACCAUCAUGUCCUAUGACCGCUAUGUUGCCAUCUGCAAGCCCCUGCACUAUGGGAUGCUUUGUGUCAGCCCUCAGGUCCUGCGUUACGUAGCAGACCAAGGAGAAACACUUUGCCUGAGGUGUGCCUGGAAUUGUCUCAAAGGCUUGGAAGAGCAUUGUCGUGACAACAGACUGAAGGCUGGAGACUUGGGGGAGGAGAUUCCUGUGAAAAUGAGAUAG